AUGUUGAUAAUUUUUCAGACUAGUCAUUUAUGGAUUAGACCUGAGGGGAAAGGAGAAUUUGACGUUCCCAUUGGUGUUAAAGUACUAUCAACAGAAGGAAACAAGGUUAAGGUUCAAGAUGAUAGUGGAAAGCAAAUGGUCGUAUCAAAUGACCAAAUCAUCAAGACUAUGCAUGAAACAUCUGUACGAGGUGUAGAAGAUAUGAUCACACUUGUUGAUUUACAUGAGCACACUAUAUUAAGGAAUCUGCACAUAAGAUAUAAUGAAAAUCUUAUUUAUACAUACACUGGGUCAAUUCUUGUGGCAGUCAACCCAUACCAGCCACUACCUAUAUACACAGGAGAUUAUGUCAAGGAGUACAAGGGACAGAAAGUGGGUGAUAAGCCACCCCAUAUAUUUGCUAUUGGUGACAGUAGCUAUACUGACAUGGCAAAAUUUGGUCGAAACCAAUGUAUUGUAAUCAGUGGUGAAAGUGGUGCUGGCAAGACAGAGAGCACAAAAUUAAUUCUUCAAUAUCUAGCUGCUAUAAGUGGCAAACAUUCCUGGAUUGAACAGCAAAUCUUGGAAGCAAACCCAGUGUUGGAAGCUUUUGGAAAUGCCAAGACAAUACGCAAUGACAAUUCAUCCAGAUUUGGAAAAUAUAUCAACAUCAAUUUCAGCCAAGAAUGUGUCAUUGAAGGUGCUGCAAUUGAGCAGUAUCUUUUGGAAAAGUCUCGUAUUGUUUCGCAAAAUAAUGGUGAACGUAAUUACCAUAUAUUUUAUGAAAUGCUUGCUGGUUUGACAAUUGAUGAGAAGAUAAGCCUUGACCUCAGAGGACCUGCAGAUUAUCGUUACCUCACAGGGGGAGGCACUCUGACUUGUGAAGGCCGUGAUGAUGCCAAAGAUUUUGCUGUAGUCAGAGCAGCUAUGAAAGUCUUAAAUUUUAAUGAGAAUGAAGUCUGGGAAAUUAUAAAACUUUUGGCUGUGGUUCUGCACCUGGGAAACAUCAAGUACAAAGCCAAAGUUAUAGCUAACAUUGAUACAUCUGAGAUAAUUGAUAAGGUACAUGCCAAGAAAAUUGCCGACAUGCUUGGUGUACCAAUAGAACCACUUAUAGAAGCACUCACCCAUAAAACAAUAUUUGCUCAUGGAGAAAAAGUGGUGUCUGCACUUUCAGAAACACAAGCAACUGAAGUGAGAGAUGCUUUUGUUAAAGGAAUUUAUGGUCGUGUUUUCAUAUAUAUUGUGAACAAAAUCAACUACACUAUAAAUAAACAGGAUGUACCGACAAAAAAUUCAAUUGGUGUCCUUGAUAUUUUUGGUUUUGAGAAUUUUAAGUCAAAUAGCUUUGAACAGCUGUGCAUCAAUUAUGCAAAUGAAAACUUGCAACAGUUCUUUGUGCGACACAUAUUUAAAUUAGAGCAGGAAGAAUAUACACAAGAAGGAAUAAACUGGAAACACAUGGAAUUUGUGGACAAUCAGGAGAUCUUGGAUCUAAUUGGAAUGAAACCUAUCAAUAUUAUGGCACUCAUUGAUGAAGAAUCUAAAUUUCCAAAGGGAACUGAUAAAACCAUGUUAAAUAAAGUGCACAGAAAUCAUGGCAGUGACAAAUAUUUUCUCAAACCUAUUUCAGAACAUGAACAAGUAUUUGGUUUGAACCAUUUUGCAGGGACUGUGUAUUAUGAUGUUAAUGGUUUUCUUGAGAAGAAUCGUGAUACAUUCAGUGCUGAUCUUAAGCAAGUUGUGUAUAUUUCUAGUAACAAAUUCCUGAAAACAUUGUUUGCUGAAGACUUCAACCUUACAGAUGACACUAGGAAAAGGAAUCUUACAUUAUCAGUGCAGUUCAGAAAAUCACUGGAAGCUUUAAUGCAUACUUUGAGUUGUUGUCAUCCAUGGUUUGUCCGCUGCAUGAAACCAAACGAAUUCAAGAAGCCAAAGUUAUUUGACAGAACGCUGGUUGUCCGUCAGCUACGAUACUCUGGUAUGAUGGAAACAGCAAGAAUAAGACGUGCAGGGUAUCCCAUAAGACAUACAUUCAAAGAAUUUGUUGAGAGAUACAGAUUUAUUGCUCCAGGAAUCCCACCAUCAAAUAAGACUGACUGCAAGGCAGCUUCAGGAAAGAUAUGUGCUGCUGUUCUUGCAAAAGAAGAUUAUCAGCUUGGUCACACUAAAGUUUUUCUUAAGGAUGCUCAUGAUAGUAUUCUUGAAGAAGCACGAGAGAAAGCUUUGGCAAAUAGCAUCCUGGUCUUGCAACGAAAUGUUCGUGGCUGGGUACAGAGAAGAAGGUACUUAGCAUUACGCAAGGCUGCAGUUGUAUUCCAGAAGCACUGGAGAGCACGCGGACCACGUAUUCACUACAGGACUAUAAGACAGGGAUACCUGAGAUUACAGGCACUAAUUCGUUCCAGACAACUAAGGCAUCAGUUCAAAUUAGUUAGCACACAUAUUACAAGAUUACAGGCAAGAUGUCGAGGAUACCUUGCUCGCAAAAUGUUUAAGGAAAAAUCUCAGCUGUUCAAGAAGAAACAGCAAGAAUUAUACACUCUGAGAGAGAAAGAAGAAAUGCAGUUGAAGAACUCAGGUACAAAGAAUUACAAGGCCAUUGCUGAACAGAACUAUAAGAAACGACUAUCAGAAUUCCUGGAAGAGAUGCAAACAAGAGAAUAUGGGCAUGCAGUUCAACCUGAGGCGUUUGAUGAAGACUCAAAUGAAUACAGUCGCAUUGUUGAUGAGCUGUUUGACUUUGACCACCAAGAAACCCAAGAGCUUACAGAUAAACACAUUGAUGGGAAAGUUGACAUACUACAGCCAGAUGAGGGUCCUAAAGAAGAUUUGUCUGAAUACAAUUUCAGAAAAUUUGCUGCUACAUAUUUUCAAGGAAACAUAACAUAUCAGUAUUCGAGGAGGCCCAUAAAACAUUCACUUCUGGAACUUCCAGUGGAGGCAGAUGAACUGGCAGCAAAGGCCCUCUGGAUUACUAUUUUGAGGUUUAUGGGGGAUCUCCCUGAACCACGCAAUGUAGAAGUAGAUAAUACACCUGUUAUGUCAAGAGUGACCACUACUCUUACAAGGAACUUUAUCAACAGCAAAGAGUACAAAAAAGCUCAAGCAAUAUAUCAGGAUAUUGAUACUGAGAAUCUCAAGAGCAAAAAUAAUUCUGAAAAUAAACGUAAGAAACUGAUAUCCAUGACACUGAAAAAUACUAAUAAAUUGGCUGCACAUGUCCGUCGAGGGCUACUCAGUGAUGAAUACCUGGAUGACGGCUACAGCGACUGGCUGGAAUCAAGACGUACAACUAAUCUUGAAAAACUGCACUUCAUUAUUGGGCAUGGUAUUUUAAGACCUGACCUAAGGGAUGAGAUUUUCUGUCAAAUUUGUAAGCAACUUACAAACAAUCCUACAAAAGCAUCACAUGCUCGUGGAUGGGUGCUACUGUCUCUCUGUGUGGGUUGCUUUCCACCAUCGGAGAACUUCGCAAUGUAUCUCAAGGCAUUCAUUCGUGAUGGUCCUCCUGGCUAUGCUCCAUAUUGUGAACGACGCCUCAGCAGGACAGUUGCUAAUGGCAGUCGCACACAGCCACCCAGUUGGAUUGAAAUGCAGGCAACCAAAGCAAAGAAGCCUAUGAUUGUUCAAAUCACAUUUAUGGAUGGCUCAUAUAAAAAUGUUGAAAUAGAUUCAGCAACCACAGCAGAAGAACUGUGUGACAAUCUGAGCCAAAAUAUUGGUUUGACUGACACAUUUGGCUUCUCAGUUUUUGUUUCUGUUAUGGAUAAGGUAACUUCAAUAGGAAGCACCAAAGAACAUGUGAUGGAUGUCAUUUCUCAAUGUGAACAGUAUGCAAAAGAAAAGGGAGUACCAGAGAAAAAUGCUCAAUGGAGGUUGUAUUUCCGCAAAGAAAUAUUUGCACCCUGGCACAAUACAGCUGAUGAUAGUGUUGCAACAAAUCUGAUAUACCAUCAGGUGGUCCGUGGUGCUAUGUUUGGGGAAUACAGGUGUGACAAGGAAAGUGAUAUAGCAAUGAUGGCAGCUCAACAGUAUUAUAUUGAGUAUGGAACAAAUAUGGAUGAAAGAAUUCUGUCCACACAGUUACCCAAUUACAUACCAUCUCACAUUUGGAAGAUUGACCCUGAUAAUAUACUCCCUCGCUGGGGAAGGCUUGUUUUGGAUGCUUAUCAGAAGAGCUACUACGUCAAAGACACAGUUCCAGCAAGUAAAGUGAAAGAAGAUGUUGUGACCUUUGCAAAAAUAAAAUGGCCACUCCUGUUUUCAAAAUUCUUUCAAGCACAGAGAGUUGGUGGAUCAGAACUCCACAAAAACAAUAUAAUAAUUGCAGUGAAUUGGACAGGUGUAUAUUUUAUUGAUGAUCAAGAAGAAGUAAUACUCGAGCUGUCCUACCCUGAAGUCAGCAGUGUGACAUCCCACAAAAAAAUUUAUGGAAUACCACAAAAUUUUACAUUAACAACACUUCAAGGACUUAGCUUUGAAUUUAAGAGUCCUUUAUCAGCAGAAGUAGAAUCAGUUAUCAACUUUUUACUUGAUGGCUUGAAAAAGAGAUCUAAGUUCGUUGUCGCAACACAGGACUACAUCCCAGAUUCGGGAUCUUCUUUCCUAAUACUGAAGAGGGGAGAUCUUUUGAUUCUUGAAGAGGAGUUUGAUGGUGAUAAAAUAAUGAACUCUUCGUGGGGAAAUGGAAUUAAUGCCAGGACUGGACAGAGGGGUCAUUUCCCUACAGAAGUGAUUUAUGUGCUCCCUGCAGUAGUUAGGCCAGCACCAAAUAUUGUGGCUAUAUUUGAGAAAGAUCCCGUUCUGCGAAUGAAAGAGCAACAGUUUCGGAUUAAUACAGUUACUCGUCAGCGCAUGUAUGUGCUGAAAGAGUUCGCAAAAGAUCAUUUCAGGGAAAGUCAAAGUGUGGCACCACCAAAAGGUCAAACACUUAAGGAAGCUCGCAGAGUUGGUAUUGAGGAAUUGUGGCGCCACACCAGAGAGCCUAUCAAGCUAGCGUUGCUGAAGAAGGUGGCUGACAACAGUGACCUGUCCAAUACUGCAUGCAUAGCUUUCACAAAUAUUCUCAAAUACAUGGGUGAUCAACCAAGCAAAAGACCCCACAAUGGAAGUGAAUUCACAGACAAAAUAUUUAGCUGUGCAUUGAAAUAUGAUAUUCUGAAGGAUGAAAUUUACUGUCAGAUAAUGCGACAGCUGACUGACAAUAAAAACCACUUGAGUGAAGAACGUGGUUGGGAACUCAUGUGGUUGGCAACAGGUUUGUUCUGUUGCAGCAAGAUAUUACUUAAGGAUCUGAUGCAAUUUUUAAUGACACGCAGCCAUCCAAUUGCCAAAACUUGCAUAAAUCGCUUACAGAGGACAAUGAGAUAUGGCCAGAGGAAGCAUCCUCCUCAUCAGGUUGAGGUUGAGGCAAUACAGCACAAGACCACAAGAAUAUUUCAUAAAGUAUAUUUCCCUGAUGACAGUGAUGAGGCUUUCCAAGUAGAUUCAACAACUCGCGCUGAAGACUUCAGUAGAAAUGUGGCAGAACGCUUGAAACUCCAAUCCUGGGAAGGCUUCAGUCUUUUUGUGAAAGUCUGGGAUAAAGUUUUCUCAGUGCCUGAGACUGAUUUCUUUUUUGACUUUGUACAUGAGCUAACUCAAUGGAUGAGGAAGGCACGGCCAUCGAGAAAUGAGAGUGCUGUUCAAUUUCAGUAUCAGAUAUUUUUCAUGAGGAAGCUCUGGAUAAAUGUUGUCCCUGGAAAAGACAAAUAUGCUGACACAAUAUUUCAUUAUCCUCAGGAGAUACCAAAAUAUCUUAGAGGUUAUCACAAAUGUUCCAAGGCUGACACAAUUAAGCUUGCUGCUCUGAUAUACAGAGCUAAAUUUGGUGACAAUACACUACAACUUCAGUUUAUUCCUGACAUGUUAUCUACACUUGUACCCAAUGAUUUACACAAACUCCAAAGUGCAAGUGACUGGAAGAAGAGCAUCAGCUCAGCUUACAAACAAAAUGCUGGUAUGACAGCUGAUGCAGCAAAACAAGCAUUCCUGACAUACAUUUAUAAGUGGCCAACAUUUGGUUCUGCUUUCUUUGACGUUAAACAAGCCACAGAACCAAAGUAUCCUGAAGUAAUUAUAGUAGGAAUAAAUAAGAAUGGGAUUAGUAUUAUACAUCCAACUACAAAGGAUUUGCUGGAUACUCAUCCAUAUUCUCAGAUAUCCAACUGGUCAUCUGGAAACACAUUUUUCCAUGUUACUAUUGGUGAUCUUGUCAGAGGCUCUAAGCUACUUUGUGAAACGUCUCUAGGAUACAAAAUGGAUGACCUCCUCUCUUCAUACACAUCUGUAAUACAGUCUGCUGUACAUAAGAAAACAAGAGUUGUUACUCAACUUUGA